UGGCUCUCCUACUCCCCCUAGCGGUCCUGCUGGAAGCGGAAGCACGUGUGACAGAGCUGCGGCUCGGUAUGGUUUCCCCGGGCUGUGUUUACCUUUGCUGGGGACACAAGAAGUGCUGCACCGAAUAAACAGAGCCUCUUAUCGUGCAUAGGACUAUGUCUCAGGAUUCCUAUCGCCCACCGGCCAAGAAAUUCAAGCCGGGAACUCCUCCAUACAGCCACAUCCGGACAGGGGCCAUGCAGCUCGGGCCCAGGAAACAGCCGGUACCCAUCGAUCAGCAGCGGAGGAGUCUGCCCAUCUACCAGGCCCGGGCCCAGCUCAUAGGACAGCUCCGGCAGCUGGAUAACGCCGUCAUCAUUGGAGAGACUGGGUCUGGCAAAACAACUCAGGUUCCACAGUAUCUUUAUGAAGCCAGUAUUGGGCGCGGAGGUAUUAUUGGAAUAACACAGCCUCGUCGAGUGGCUGCUAUAUCUCUAGCAACCAGAGUGGCAGAAGAGAGAAAGGCUGAGCUUGGCAAACUGGUUGGUUUUACUAUUCGUUUCGAAGAUGUUACUUCAGAGGAGACAAAAGUAAAAUUCCUUACAGAUGGCAUGUUACUGCGUGAAGCAAUUGGAGAUCCACUUAUGCGCAAGUAUAGUGUCAUCAUCCUGGAUGAAGCUCAUGAGAGGACGGUACACACCGAUGUACUGUUUGGGGUGGUUAAAAUGGCACAAAAGAAGAGGAAAGAGCUUGGGAAAUUACCAUUAAAAGUCAUUAUUAUGUCUGCCACAAUGGAUGUGGAUCUGUUUUCAGAGUAUUUUAAUGGGGCCCCUGUUCUGUAUCUGGAAGGUAGGCAGCAUCCCAUCCAGGUCUUCUACACCAAACAGCUCCAAAGUGAUUAUCUCCAAGCUGCACUGGUUACAGUCUUCCAAAUCCACCAGGAGGCACCUGCUUCUCAUGACAUACUAGUGUUUCUGACCGGUCAGGAAGAAAUUGAAGCAAUGGCUAAGACAUGCAGAGACAUAGCAAAGCAUCUUCCAGAUGGCUGCCCACAGAUGACCGUAAUGCCUCUUUAUGCAUCUUUACCACACUCUCAACAGCUUAGAGUUUUUCAUAAUGCGCCCAAGGAUCACCGCAAGGUUAUUCUUUCGACCAACAUUGCUGAGACGUCCAUCACUAUAACAGGGAUCAAAUAUGUGGUAGAUACUGGCAUGGUGAAAGCAAAGAAGUAUAACCCAGAUAGUGGUCUUGAAGUGCUUGCAGUGCAGAAGAUAUCAAAAGCCCAGGCCUGGCAGCGUACAGGAAGAGCAGGUAGAGAGGACAGUGGGAUAUGCUAUAGACUCUAUACGGAAGAUGAGUUUGAGAAGCUUGAGAAAAUGACUGUACCAGAAAUACAGAGGUGUAAUCUAGCCAGUGUAAUGCUGCAACUUCUGGUUCUGAGAGUUCCGAAUAUUCUUACAUUUGAUUUUAUGUCCAGGCCCUCUCCAGAUGCCAUGCGUGCUGCUAUCGAUCAGCUGGAUCUUCUAGGUGCAAUCGAGAGAAAGGAAGACCAGAUCAUCCUCACACCACUUGGAAAAAAGAUGGCUGCUUUCCCUUUGGAACCACGGUUUUCAAAGACUAUUCUCAUUUCACCAAAAUUUCAUUGUACAGAAGAAAUCCUGACUAUUGUGGCUCUGCUUUCAGUGGACAGUGUUCUCCAUAAUCCUCCUGCUAAAAGAGAUGAUGUACAGGCAGCUCGUAAGAAGUUCAUCUCCAGUGAGGGGGACCAUAUCACCUUACUAAAUAUCUAUCGUGCUUUCAAAAGCCUGGGCAAAAAUAAGGACUGGUGCCGUGAAAAUUUCAUAAAUGUCAGAAAUAUGAUUCUGGUUUCAGAGGUUCGUGCUCAGCUCAGAGACAUUUGUAUAAAGAUGUCCAUGCCAUUAGAGUCCUCAAGGACAGACUCGCGCAACAUCCGGCAGUGCUUAGCCCAUGGCCUAUUCAUGAAUGCUGCUGAAGUGCAACCAGAUGGAACAUUUACAACUGUGGAGACACAUCAACCUGUUGCUAUACAUCCGUCAUCUGUCCUUUUUCACUGUAAACCUGCUUGUGUGAUUUACAAUGAGCUUCUUCACACAUCCAAGUGCUAUAUGAGAGACCUGUGUGUGGUGGAUCCUGAUUGGCUUUUUGAAGCUGCCCCAGAAUAUUUCAGGAGAAAAUUAAAAUCUGCAAAAAAUUAAGUCACUCCAGAACUUUUUCUGUUUUGUUAGAUGGUAUAGAACUAGAUUGUCGAACAGCUAAUUGAUCCUAAAUUACUGGAUUUUAGCAAACCUAAACUUUAUGUAUAAAAAUCGGAUUUACUUGAUUGAGGUCACAUGCUGGGCAAUAUCCAUCACUGGAAAACACUUUUUCAAAUUGUUCAUUGUACAACGUACAUGUAUAACUAUUAUUAUUGUGCAAAUCUUUUAUAUUUAAUAAUCGAUUAGAUUGUCUCUUUCGCUGAUGUUUGUAAAUUAUAUUCAUGAUUUACUGGAGGAUUGUAUAUCGACUGCUAAAUUCUAUAAAUGAAAAUGAUUUGAAAUGUAUCAUUUCUUAGGGUUACUGUGAAGAAAUGGCAUUAAAUUUAAAGAAAAAGUUUUACUAUUUUCUUUUGUAGGAUCGCUGGUGCCAUGCAGGUCUCCUGAAGACCUUUCAGAGUAUCUUUGUGCCCGUACAUCCCUUACUGGCAAGCCGAUACACUGACUGGAAGAAUCAGUGAACUACCACUACGCUCCACAGUGCCGUGGUAGUUCAUUGUUAACUACAAGUCGACAGCCUUAAAGGAUCAUUCUCUCUCUCUCUCUCUCUCUCUCUCUCUCUCUCUCUCUCUCUCUCUCAUGACGCAGCCACAUGGGAGGAGCCCCGCACGGCCGUGCUGAUUUAAAAAAGUGACAGCUAGUAUGGGAAACUUCUCCGGGGAGGGAAUCUGACUGUGGCUGCAGCAUUGAGAACAUUUUACAUGUUUUGCCCUAAAAAUGGGCGAAACAUGUAACAUGUUGUCAAAGGUGAACUUCUCCUUUUUAAUAUACCAGAAUAGAAAAGGCUUCUUCUAGUGAAUCUUGUUGGGCAGUAACCAAUACUGAUUUAAGAUUAGGUAAAGUGUAACUAAAAGUAUUAUACUUACCUUCUCUCGAACAGUGUCUUGCUGGCAGUCUUCUCCCUGGGUACUGGUCUUCUGGCAUAUGCAUUUGCCAGUGCAGGAGCCAGUCAUCCUGGCACACAGGGACCAUGCCGGCGAUAUAAACUACGCUUUCGCAGCUCAGUUUAUUUGCCGCAACAGUCUGUGAACAGGCAGGUAGGUUUACUUUAUUGCAGAAAAGACAUUGCAUGUCUGUUUGCGAUAAUGGUCUGGUUGCUCGCAGCCUGUUAGAAAAUGAGUUCAGUUCCUUUUUAGGUACCAUAUACAAGGAUUUUUGUCUUUGGUUAUGACUUUCGUGUAUACCAAGCCGUAUAUCCUUUCUGUAAGUUCUAUACUGAGUUCAUGCCUGCAUGAAAUCAGCAGUGCAUAUAUUGGCCGCUUAGCUUUUAAAUGAUAGCUAUGUUUUGUAUUGCACUUGAUGUUUAGUUUAGUAGGGAAAAAAAAGCUUGUGUUGUAAAUAUUCUGUAAAUAUUUUGCCCUUAAAAGUUACAGAAACAU